GCGGCAUGGCGGGGCUGCGGGCCAGGCGGGGCUCGGGGCUCGGGCUGCUGGCGCUGUCCACGCUCGGCUUCUGCUUCCUGCUGCAAGUCGGCGCCAAGAGGCCCCCCAAGACGCCCCCCUGCCCGCCCAGCUGCUCCUGCACCAGGGACACCGCCUUCUGCGUGGACUCCAAGGCAGUGCCCAGGAACCUGCCCUCCGAGGUCAUCUCUCUGACGCUGGUGAAUGCUGCCUUCUCGGAGAUCCAGGAUGGAGCAUUUUCCCACCUGCCACUGCUGCAGUUCCUGUUACUCAACUCCAACAAGUUCACACUGAUUGGAGACAAUGCGUUCACAGGACUGUCGCACCUGCAGUAUCUCUUCAUUGAGAACAAUGACAUCUGGGCACUAUCCAAGUUCACCUUCAGAGGACUGAAGUCUUUGACACACCUCUCACUGGCCAACAAUAACCUGCAGACACUGCCUAGAGACAUCUUUCGGCCUCUGGACAUCCUGAGUGACUUGGACCUGCGGGGCAACUCGCUCAACUGUGACUGCAAGGUGAAGUGGCUGGUGGAGUGGCUGGCACACACCAACACCACGGUGGCGCCCAUCUACUGCGCCAGCCCGCCCCGCUUCCAAGAGCACAAGGUGCAGGAUCUGCCGCUGCGGGAGUUCGACUGCAUCACCACGGAUUUCGUGCUGUACCAGACCCUGUCCUUCCCAGCAGUGUCAGCUGAGCCCUUCCUUUACUCCAGUGACCUCUAUGUGGCCCUGGCCCAGCCAGGAGCCAGCGCCUGCUCCAUCCUCAAGUGGGACUAUGUUGAACGGCAGCUUCGGGACUAUGAUAGAAUCCCAGCCCCCUCUGCGGUGCACUGCAAGCCGAUGGUGGUGGACAGCCAGCUGUACGUGGUGGUGGCCCAGCUAUUUGGCGGCUCCUAUGUUUACCACUGGGACCCCAACACCACGCGCUUCACUAAGCUGCAGGACAUCGACCCACAGCGCGUGCGCAAGCCCAACGACCUCGAGGCCUUCCGCAUCGACGGUGACUGGUACUUUGCCGUGGCCGACAGCUCCAAGGCAGGCGCCACCAGCCUCUACCGCUGGCACCAGAACGGCUUCUACUCCCACCAGGCCCUGCACGCCUGGCACCGCGACACUGACCUAGAAUUCGUAGACGGCGAGGGCAAGCCGCGCCUGAUUGUGUCCAGCAGCUCCCAGGCACCUGUCAUCUAUCAGUGGAGUCGCACCCAGAAGCAGUUUGUGGCCCAGGGCGAGGUGACCCAGGUGCCUGAUGCCCAGGCUGUGAAACACUUCCGAGCUGGCCACGACAGCUACCUGUGCCUCAGCCGCUACAUCGGGGACUCCAAGAUCCUGCGCUGGGAGGGCACCCGCUUCUCCGAGGUGCAGGCUCUGCCCUCCCGGGGCUCGCUGGCCCUGCAGCCCUUCCUCGUGGGUGGCCGCCGCUACCUGGCGCUGGGCAGCGACUUCUCGUUCACGCAGAUCUACCAGUGGGAUGAGGGGCGGCAGAAGUUCGUGCGGUUCCAGGAGCUGGCCGUGCAGGCCCCUCGGGCCUUCUGCUACAUGCCUGCUGGGGACGCCCAGCUGCUCCUGGCCCCCAGCUUCAAGGGACAGACGCUUGUGUACCGACACGUGGUGGUGGAUCUCAGUGCCUAGAGGGCCUCUGGGUUCCUUGGGCAGCCACGGGAAGCUGGGUGGGAGUCUCCGGAUGAACAGCACAGGUGCCCCCGUGAAGACACAUGUAGCCUACCCGCAUACGUGCUCUCACAUGCAUACACCCCCGGUGAGCACAGGCCGUGCCGUGGACCGCAGCCCAGAGAUGCCACUUCUCUUCGUGGUAAUCAGCAUGAAGACUUGUCUGCGCAUCAGGCGACCCCGCACCCGGUGCCCUCCCCACACAUGGACGCCUGUUCUCCCCACAUUCCAUCCGCAGCCUCCCUCGCACUGCCGCCUUCCACACGCUCUGGCCCCCGGGAGGGGAGCUGGGAGGGCAGAGGCUGAACUGCUCCCUCCUGUUCCUCAGCUUACCCUUCUGACCCUCUGGUCUUUCCUGUUGGUGCUCCAGGUGUCUGUUCACCUGCUCAUGCUCCGCAUCGCAGCCCACAGCCACACCCUUCGUGUUGCCAGAUGCACUCACCCACACUACCGUCCUCUGCACGCACACGUGGACCCUGAUGGACUCCUUCAGUUACACGCACACACACCUGUCUACACACCCAUUUCCAUGUGCACUCAUGCAGAUUCAGCACUGCCUAAAGGGGCUCCCCCCUCCAUCACCUUGCCUGUCUUCCUAGAGGGGCACAUAGUCCACGUCCUCCUCUGCUCACCCCUGCCAUGCCCACCCUGCGGCUGAUAAAGAUGGGAAUGGUGGUGCCAGCCUCUGGGCACCAGCCUGACCUCCUAGGGGCAAAGCCCCUCUGCCGGAAGCAAUAAGAACAACAGCCCCAGCAAAGCCUGACUUCUUCCCAGUGCCGUCUCUGUUCUCCCUGGAGUUUCCCUCUCUGAUCCUGAAUCUGGCUCACUGGUGGACAGUGAGUCCACCCAGACGAAAGCAUUUCUGCUUUUCUUUCCUGCAGCUGCCCCAGCCUUGGACCAGACCCGGAUUUAGCUCCGCUUUUGGGAUAUGGAUCCAGUGCUGUGCUGGCUCCUUUGGGUGCAUCCAAGCACUAGACAAGCCAGGGAUGCUGCAGGCACCUGAGCCAUCUGGACGGGUGCCUGGAGUGGAGCUGGGCUGGAGAGCAUCUCGGAGGCCCUGAGACCCCUCCAAACCACAGAGGCACACCCCAGGAGCACUGCCUUGCAGUGCAAGCUGAGUGCGGGAGAGGGGAGGGAGUGAGGGUCCUGUGGGAGCCAAGCUUCUGCUGCCCUCUGCUGUACGCUGGGAAUAGAUGGCUGAGAUGCAAGGCUGGUGGGGAAGGUGUGGCUCAGGGAGGCUCUUCCCAGACUGUAUGAGGGCCUCCUGGUAGCAGGAUGCUCAAGGGCACUUGAGGGCAAUACUCUGAUUCACUUGCUUCAGAUAAAAAGUUCCCACCCCAC